UCAACACCCACUUCCACUCCUCCGAUCCAGGCCAUUUCGAAGCUAGGUUAGGUAGCUCCUGCUUGCAUUGGCGUUCAAAAUAAACCCUCCUCCGACUCCCCACGCAGCCACGCUCGCUGGUCCGAUCCCGUCCAAUGGAGAGCUACGGCCACAAGCGCGCGUGGAAGAAGGAACCGACGCGGGGGAAGGGCGGCCCGCAGAACGCGGCGUGCGAGUACCGCGGCGUGCGGCAGCGGACGUGGGGCAAGUGGGUGGCCGAGAUCCGAGAGCCCAACAAGCGCGCCCGCCUCUGGCUCGGCUCCUUCGCCACCGCCGAGGAGGCCGCGCUCGCCUACGACGAGGCCGCGCGCAGGCUCUACGGGACCGACGUCUUCCUCAACCUGCCGCACCUCCGCGCCUCGGGAGUCUCCGCCGCCGGCGCCGGCAACGCGCACGAGAGGCUUAGGUGGCUCCCAGCUGCCUCCGCCAGAGGCGCCGCCGUCCCGGCCUACGGCCUGCUCAACCUCAACGCGCAGCACAACGUGCACGUCAUCCACCAGAGGCUGCAGGAGCUCAAGAACAACGGCUCGCCCGCCGAUCAUCUCCCUGCAGCGGCCUCCACGUCUCCCUGCUCGACCGUCACCACCCGCGCGGCUGCGGCCUUGCCUGCGCCCAUGUCCUGCUUCCACGCCCUGGAGCAGGCGGUGACCACGGUCGCCACGAGGACGACGGUCGACGACGCUGAGCCGUGCGAGGGCGGCGCCUGCCCGUCCGGUGCGGACAAGCCCCAGAUCGACCUCAGCGAGUUCUUGCAGCAGAUCGGCGUGCUCAACAACACCGACGACGACGGCAUCAGGACUACUGCUAAAGCCAGCUUUCGCGGUGAUGCCGCGGAGGCUGGCUGCUUCGGCGGCAACGGCGAGUUCGACUGGGACGCGCUGGCAGCGGACCUCAACGACAUCGCGGGAGCAGGAGUCCAUGGCGGCGUCAACGGAGGGUUUCAGAUGGACGAUCUGCAUGAGCAUGAGGUCGAGCAGUUCGGGACCUGCCUGCCCAUCCCUGUCUGGGACGUGCAGUAGUGUGGUGUCAAACGAGUCCAUGCAAUGUUGAAAUAUCCCGCCCAUCUGCAUGCUGCACGUGGCACCGCCUUUCCCUAGCGCACAAGCUUUAGCUUCCAAAUUCAUGUAAUCGAUUCAGAAUCUGGUGGGUUGAUGAUGAGUUUGGCAUGAUGAUGAAUUUGUGAACAAUUGGGCCUACUA